AUUCAACAGCUUCAGCUGGCUUUUGGACGAAGAUCAACCCGCGACACCAACAUCGGCUUUUUAGACCACUUUGGAAAAGACCACCCUCGUCGCAAACGACCAACGCACCGCCGCCAUUCUCCGAAAGCCCCAAGCUCGAAGACGUCCACCUUUUCACCAUGUCAUUGCAACAGUUGCCGCUUGCCGCCGCUGGCAAAGGAGAGAAGUCACGCCAUCGAACGUGGGACGAGAAUUAUGCCGAACUCCUCAAGUUUCAUGCGCAAACUGGACACAGCCAAGUCCCCAUGCGAUGGAAGGAAGAUCCCAUUUUGGGCAAGUGGUGUUCGCACAAUCGAGAGUACUUUUUGUCGGGGCAAUUGAGCCAAGAACGCAUCGAGUCCUUGGAAGCGGUGGAUUUCGUGUGGAGUCCCCACGAGAAAAAAUGGAAUGAUCAAUUCAAAAAAAUGGUGGCGUUUCACAAGACGCAUGGUCAUACCAAGAUCAAGUGUCACCAUGCCGAAGAUCCGUCUCUGGGCAAGUGGGUGGCCCGUCAACGAGAAGACUAUCAAAUGGGACGAAUGAAUCCGCAACGGAAAAAGAAACUCGAUUCUAUUGGUUUUACGUUUCGAAUCACCAAGGGACACAAAAACAAGGGCGGCAAUGCCAAAACCGAAGCGGCAUGGCAGCGAAUGUACGACCAGCUCUUGCAGUUCAAAGAGAAACAUGGUCAUGUCAAUGUCCCACGCCUAGAUGCGGACCCCAAUCCAUUGGAGAAAUGGGUAGGAGCACAGCGACUCAAGCAUACACGGGAUCAAUUGUCCAAAGAACGAGUGCAAAAGUUGGAAUCCGUGGGCUUUAUCUGGAAGUUUCAAGCCAAAAAGUCACAGGAAGAAUGGAACAAAAUGUUCAACAUGCUCAAGCAGUGUCAAAUCGUCAGGGAAGAUGGGAAUUCCAGCUUCCAGCCAUCUCUACUGGGUGGUACUGAUGCCAGCAGCCUGUCCCGAUGGAUCCAGCGACAAAAGGAAAAAUACAAGAGUCACAAGUUGGAAGUAGGCCGAGAGCUUUUACUCCGUCGUCUCAAUUUUAACUUUCCAGAACGACCACCGGCUCCGCCUGCCAAGAAGGAGGACGACGAAGUACUUCCAAAUGAUUCCAUUCUGAUGGGUGACAUGGGAAGCAACGACAACCAAAAGACAGAGGGAACCUCGCAACUGCUAGAUGCCAAACCACCCGCAUCGGACAACACAGUGGGUCAGACAGUUGCGGAAAGCAUCCGUGUCCUCUCCAAACACAUGGGAAUGACUCCCAAUCAAUUGACAGCCAAGUUAGCAGGCAACGGCCAUACGGAUGAGCGUGCCGCCAAUCCACCACCAAACAAGUCAAAUGCCUUUCGACGUCUCAUGCCUCUCAUCGUUCAGCUCCGAGAUUGUACCGACGAAGCCGUCUUGCGGGAUUGUGCUACUUUUUUGGCUCGAAUGGUGCAACGGGCCAAAUCCAAUAGUAGCAACGAACAGGCGCCACUUCCUGACGACAACGGCGACGACGACUAUUACAACCUAUUGUUGGAAUUGGCGGUAGAUCUAGACGCCUGUGGAGGUGACAAUGGUGCCAUUGAGGCCUGCGCUAUCUACUUUGAACGUUACUUGAAGCAUGCAUCAUCAGGGGAAAAGAGAAGCGCGGUGGAUUUGGGGGGAGCGGAGUCUGGGUUUAGUAACAGACCCAGUAAGGUGGCAAAGUUCGCGGGGGCAAUGAACACGACAACCCCAUUGUAUCUCUAGAUGUCAUUGCAAGCACUUGGUGCAUCCUACUCUUUUUUUAACGAUGUCCAUCAUUUGUUGCAACAGCAGUGGGCUUUUUUCGCGCAAACGUACUGGUAGCCUUCGGUCUGAACAAUGUGUAGUGUACCGGCUCAUAACGGUACAGCGGCAAGCCUCAACGAUCUUGGCCUCACUUUGUGAUGCCAUGUAUCCCUUGUUCGUGCGAAAGAUCCAUGCAUAACAUGUGUCGAUUGUUUGUAGUGCUACCCGUACUAAUGUUGGCAGCUCAUACAUAGGCGUUCCAAUGACGUGAAGGUAUGCAGAUCGUGACAGCUACUCGGCUUCAAUGCGUGGUGAGAUGCAAAAAUGUGUGGUAAAAUUUGCGCUAAUAAAUAUUCUAUUGACCCAGUGUUCU